AUGCCAUUUCCUCCGCUGAUCCAUCCGUCUGUGUGGAGCUCAGGACGGGACCGUGUGGCCUCAGCCUCCUGCCCCGGGAUCCGUGAACACAGCGGCAGAAGAACACGGUACAGCCCGCGGGAGGAGCGACAGCCGAGCCGGGCCCCCACGCUUCUGCACGGCCCCUGCACGACCCCAGUCCCCUGCUCAGAGGAACCAGUCAUUCCAGCCAUGGCUUUGAAGAUUGUCAAAGGGAGCAUCGAUCGGAUGUUCGACAAAAACCUCCAGGAUUUAGUGCGUGGCAUAAGAAACCACAAAGAGGACGAGGCCAAGUACAUCUCAACAUGCAUCGACGAGAUCAAACAGGAGCUCAAGCAGGACAACAUCGCUGUCAAAGCCAAUGCUGUGUGCAAGCUCACCUACCUUCAAAUGCUUGGCUAUGAUGUCAGCUGGGCAGCUUUCAACAUUGUUGAAGUCAUGAGCUCUUCAAAGUUUACAUACAAGAGGAUUGGGUACCUGGCUGCCUCGCAGUGCUUUCAUGAGAGCACAGAUGUCAUUAUGCUGACGACUAACCAAAUCCGAAAGGACCUGAGCAGUCCCAACCAGUAUGACACGGGGGUGGCUCUUACUGGACUCUCCUGUUUUGUGACUCCUGACUUAGCCCGAGACCUGGCCAAUGAUAUCAUGACACUUAUGUCUCAUACAAAACCCUACAUCAGAAAGAAGGCAGUUUUGAUCAUGUACAAAGUUUUCCUCAAGUACCCAGAAUCCCUGAGGCCUGCGUUCCCUAGACUUAAGGAGAAACUGGAGGAUCCAGACCCAGGAGUUCAGUCCGCAGCGGUGAACGUCAUCUGUGAACUGGCUCGACGGAAUCCUAAAAACUACCUUUCUCUUGCCCCUCUCUUUUUUAAACUCAUGACCUCUUCCACUAAUAACUGGGUUCUUAUUAAGAUUAUCAAACUGUUUGGUGCUCUAACUCCACUAGAGCCUCGUUUGGGGAAGAAGCUCAUUGAACCUUUGACCAAUUUAAUUCAUAGUACCUCCGCCAUGUCCCUCCUUUAUGAAUGUGUCAACACCGUAAUUGCAGUGUUGAUCUCCUUGUCGUCCGGGAUGCCUAACCACAGUGCUAGUAUCCAGCUCUGUGUUCAGAAACUGCGGAUCCUGAUCGAAGACUCGGACCAGAACUUGAAAUACUUAGGGCUCUUGGCCAUGUCGAAGAUCCUAAAGACUCAUCCUAAAUCAGUCCAGUCGCACAAAGACCUCAUCCUCCAGUGUCUCGAUGACAAGGACGAGUCGAUCCGUCUCCGAGCUCUGGACCUACUCUAUGGAAUGGUGUCCAAGAAGAACUUAAUGGAGAUUGUGAAGAAACUGAUGUUGCAUGUGGACAAAGCAGAAGGAACAACCUACAGAGAUGAACUUCUGACAAAGAUCAUCGAUAUUUGCAGCCAGAGCAACUACCAGUACAUCACAAACUUUGAAUGGUACAUAAGUAUUCUGGUGGAGCUGACCCGGUUGGAGGGGACAAGGCAUGGCCACCUCAUUGCCUCUCAGAUGCUGGACGUUGCCAUUAGAGUUAAGGCCAUUCGAGUCUUUGCUGUUGCUCAGAUGGCGAUGUUGCUGGACAAUUCUCACUUCCUGACUGGCAACAUGCAGCGUAAUGGUAUCUGUGAAGUCCUGUAUGCUGCAGCGUGGAUAUGUGGAGAGUUUUCCGAACACUUGGAGAAUCCUGCUCAAACACUUGAAGCAAUGCUGCGUCCCAAAGUGGCCACUCUCCCGGGUCACAUUCAGGCUGUGUAUGUGCAGAAUGCAGCCAAACUGUUUGCCACAGUGUUGAAGAGUCAAGAAGGAAACACUGAGAGCACCGCCACUCAGGAAAACAUCCAGCUAAUGAUUGACAGACUGCCGCUCUUUGUGCAGAGUGCAAACCUGGAGGUGCAGGAGAGGGCUUCCUGCAUCCUACAACUUGUCAAGUACAUCCAAAAGCUCCAACAGAAGGAUGUGGAAGUAGCUGAGGAGGUUGGUGCAUUGUUUGCCGGAGAACUCAACCCUGUUGCCCCAAAAGCACAGAAGAAAGUGCCUGUUCCUGAAGGCCUGGACCUGGAUGCCUGGAUAAAUGAACCUCCCUCUGAGAGCGAGUCUGAAGAUGAGCAGCCCAAGGCUAUUUUUACCAAGGAAGAACCCAAACACUCUCGACCUCGCCACACAGAGGUGGACGAGAAGGAGCUGGCAAGGAGGAGAGAAGUGAGAAAGCAAGAGCAAGCCAAUAAUCCAUUUUACAUCAAGGCCUCUCCAUCUUCUCAAAAGGUGUAUCAAGAGGCCCUGGGAGUGGAGCACAUUCCAGUUGUUCAGAUCGAUCUUAGUGUGCCUCUCAAAGUUCCAGGUAUGCCAAUGUCUGAACAGUACUGUAAACUGGAGGAGGAGCGACGGAUGAAGGAAAAGGCAGAUAAAAAGAAGAAGGAAAAGAAAAAGAGGAAAGAAAAGCGGAGCGGUCGAGGAAAACGGCACGACUCCGGUCCAGAGAGCGAGGAAGACAUCACGCCUGCACAACAGGUGGACAUCGUGACAGAGGAGAUGCCAGAGAAUGCCUUACCCAGUGACGAUGAUGAGAAGGACCCAAAUGACCCUCAUAAAGCCCUGGAUAUCGACCUGGACAAUUUGUCGGAAAUGACGGGUCGCAGGCCUCUCGCAGACAGUGAAAAGCUGCCUGUCAGGUCGCAUCGUGCUGCAGAGUCGUCAAAGAGCCCGGGUGAAGACGGGGAGGCGGAGAGCACGCCACUCGAGCCUAAGAAGAAAAGUGGCAAAGACAAGAAGGAGAAGAAGAAGGAUAAAGACAGGGACAGAAAAAAGAGUAAAGAGGAGAAAAAGAAGAAGAAGCACAAACAUGAAGAAAAGGAGGAAGAUCUGCUCAGAGGUGAAGCCGAGGCUCCUGCGGCAGAAUCUGAGGAGGUCCAUGACGCGUCCGCACUGCCCACGAGCGCCGAGCCAGAGGAAGCCAAGUCCGUAGCAGAAGUGUCCCCUGUGGCUGAGGCUGCCCCCGGUCCAGCCCCAGACUCCGAUGAACCCAAAGAGACUGAACCUGGGGAACCUAAAUCUUCCAAACAAAAGAAAAAGAAGCAGAAAAAGGAAAAGGAAGACAAGGAUAAGAAAAAGAAAAAGAAACACCACCAUCAUCAUCACCGCGAUGCAGCAGCCGAUGAGUCCGUGCAGAACGGGACAGUGGAGGAGGAAGAGGAGGAGGAGCCUCUGCCGCCCAUGUCUAACUACAACCUGCUGGCUGAGAACUCCUACAUUAAGAUGGUCUAUGACAUUCAAGGAAACUUGCAAGAUGGGAGUCAGGUUGUAGUGUCGGUAAUAUUUGAAAACAAGUGUGAAAGCUUUUUAAAGUCUAUGGAGUUCAAUGUUCUGGACUCGCUCAACUCCAAACUCCAGCGGCCUGAAGGCUCCGGUCCACACGAUGGUCUGGUAGUUCCAUUCCAGCUCCCACCUGGAAUUUCAAAUGAAGCACGUUUUGUCUUUACGGUGCAAAGCAUUGUAAUGCCUCAGAAAUUGAAGGGAACCCUCACUUUUAUUAUUAAGAAUGAGGAGUCCUCCACUCAUGAAAAACUGGACUUUAAACUGCACUUUACCUGCACCUCAUAUCUAAUCACUACUCCUUGCUACAGUGAUGCAUUUGCAAAGCUUUUGGAGUCCGGUGACCUUAAAAGCAGCUCUCUCAGACUGGAGAGUGUCAACAUGCCCUUUCAUCAUCUACUAGCCAGGAUCUGCUUCCAUCAUCACUUUUCUGUGGUGGAAAGGAUUGACUCCUGUGCCUCCAUGUACAGCCGGUCUAUCCAGGGUCACCAUGUUUGUCUGCUAGUUAAAUGUUCUGGUCAGAUUGUAUCCAUUGAUGCUAAAUGUGAUGAGCCGACGCUGCUUGGGAAUGUUCUGGACGAGAUCAAACUGACCUUCUCUCAGUGCUGA